AUGGCGUCCAAGAUUGAGGACGCCGUCUCGUCGCAGACGGCCGACGUGGAAAAGGUCAUCGUCAAAGAGGACACGGCCCACGACGCCGUCGGCGACCUCGACGAGCCGCUCAGCACCGAGGAGCGCCGCCUAGUGCGGCGCCAGGACCUCCGCAUCGUGCCGCUCUGCGCCGGCAUCUACUUUCUCUGCUUCCUCGACCGCGCCAACAUUGGCAACGCCAAGGUCCUCAACUCGUCGACGCGCGACGACAUGCAGCAGACGACGGGCAUGUCCGACUACCAGUUUGUCAUUGCGCUCAUGGUCUUUCUCGUCGCUUAUGCCGUCUUCGAGGUGCCGAGCAACAUUCUGCUCAAAAAACUGCGCCCCAGCCGCUGGCUCGCGUUCCUCAUGUUUUGCUGGGGCGUCAUGACCAUGUGCCUGGGCGCGGCGCAUAGCUUCGGCAGCGUCACGGCGGUGCGCUUCCUGCUGGGCACGUUUGAGGCGGGCCUGUUUCCGGGUCUGAUUUAUUACUUGACAUUUUGGUACAGGCAUAAUGAACGAAGUGUCCGAGUUGCCUUUAUUCUCGCGUCGGCUACUCUGGCGGGUGCCUUUGGCGGCGCCAUUGCCUACGGCAUCGGUCACAUGAACCAGACGGCGGGCAUCGCUGGCUGGCGGUGGCUCUUCAUCAUUGAGGGAAUCCCCUCGGUGCUCUCCUCUUUCCUGGUGCUAUUCUUUCUGCCCGAUUACCCGGAGACAGCGGGUUGGUUGACUGACGAGGAGCGCGCACUGGCCGUUGGCCGGCUGCGGCACGAGGGCAGCAAGGGCCACGACCGGAGCAUGACAUGGGCCGACGCCAAGGCAACACUGACCGACUGGCGGCUGUACGCGCACUAUGCCAUCUAUUUUGCCAUCAGCCCACCCUUUGCGAGUCUCAGUCUCUUUACGCCGUCGAUUACGCUGGGUCUGGGAUACCGUGACCUCACGGCGCAGCUGAUGACUGUGCCGCCAUGGGCUGUUGCGUAUGUUUGCCAAAUUUUGGUCGCGCUGUCUGCCGAUCGGUUCAACGCGCGAGGCUACCAUGCCGCCGGUGCUGCUCUCGUCGGCGCUAUUGGCUUCAUCGUCUCGGCGGCACUGCCCCCGGACGCAUACAAGGCACGGUACGGAGGGCUGAUCAUGGCCACGGCGGGGGCGUUCGCGUGCAUCCCGCCGCUGCUGGGCUGGCUGACGUCCAACGUGGUGAGCACGGCGGCAGUCGGGUUGGCCAUUGCGCUAAACGUGAGCAUCGGAGGCGGGCUGGGCCAGAUCCCGGGCGUAUGGAUCUACAAGGCGAGCGAGAAGGCCAUAGGGUACCCGACGGGCCAUUGGACAAACGCGGGAUUCUUGCUCUUCGUCACGGCCGUGUCGCUGGGGCUGCGCGUGUUUUACGCGCGCAAGAACAGGCAGCUGACGGCAGAAGCGGAACAGCGCGGCGCGCGGGUGCGGCUUUACAAGCUGUAG